AUGUCCCAGAACACCAUUAAAGGACAGAACUCGGAAAGUUCCGAAGAGUUUCAUAACACGUGGCUCUUUUCAGAGGAAUCUUUCCUCUCGAAAUGCCCGUCCAGAAAACAGAUGACCCUCCAGCAGGACCUAAAGGUCAGAGAGCUGAUUUAUGACUUUCUUCUCAAACUAGGGUCCAAGCUCAAGCUCGAUGGCCGCACCAUCCUCGCAGCAACAAUUUAUAUCAAUCGUUUUUACAUGCGGACACCCAUCACCACAUCCAAGUACUUUGUCGCCUGUGCAGCCAUCUCUAUCAGCUGCAAGCUACAUGACACAUACAGACCAUCAGACAAGAUCGCCCUCACAGCUUGCAUGCUAAAAAACCCUGGAAAACAGAUUGACCAGCAUAGUAGUGUGUUCUGGCAGUGGCGGGAUCAGCUUCUUUACCGAGAAGAACUCAUGUUAAAGCUUCUCAACUUCGAAUUGAAUGUGGAGCUUCCGUACGAUUUCUGCGAGGAGUUGAUGGCCGGAAAGGAUGAAACUUCGGAAAAUGGAUUCUACUCGAAGCUUCCAGACAUUUUGAAAAACGCCGUGUCAAAAGUAGAGUUGGCCAGCUCUCUUCCUGUGCUCGUAGCAUUUGAAUCGCGAACACUCUUUGGAACAAUGCUUGUGCUAACAGUGUUCGAAGCUCAGUCAAAGUUCGACACUCUCGACUCGCUUUACUUGCCUAAGGAGUACUUGGAGACGCAAUUGCGGGUAUCCGUGAAUGAAUGCUACUUGUGCUACAAGUACCUCAUGAGACUUCGAAGUGCGUGCGAGGAUCCCAAGUUACCUAGUCAUAAACCGUUUGUUACCAAGAUUGGCAAAAUCUCCAAGGAGGACUUUUAUAGAAUUGCGGAUGGCGCAGAUAAAGCUGUUCGUUCUAUCGUGAGCGAUGAAGAGACCCAAGAGGGCGAGGUUCUUGACUUACUUGAUGAUAUAUAG